CACCGUCCUGCUCACUACCCGCUGUUCCGAGCUCAUAACCCCGUUCGAUUGCAUAUGUGCAGACCGUCGCGCGCACUGACAACGCGCGUGAUCGGAGCCACUAUUGGCAGCUCUCUGCCCAGCCGAUCGUCCAAGCCUCGACGACAACUCUCGCGUACAUUUGGCACGUCCGCAGCCUGCCUUCAGUCUACGCCGCCCGACAUUGAGCGGAGCGGCGACAAGCGCGUUAUAGAGAAGUCACAGUCCCUCAAAUCGCACAACGCACCUUUUCCGCGGAGGUCGCAUCAUUGCGGCUCGCUGUCAGUCAAGGAUGCUGGCUCCAGCGUCACGCUCACAGGCUGGCUUCUUCCAGGCCGGAAGGUGGGCAAGGCCCUCUACUUCUACCCUCUGAAGGACCCUCAUGGCACCAUUCAAUUAGCAGUGUCUUCGGCGGUUGGUGGAGGGGAGACCCUCGAGCUUAUGCGGAGUAUCCCUGUGGAGUCGACGGUUAUUAUCGAGGGUGUCGUCUCAGAAAGACCCCCAAAGCAAAAGCGGGCUCUACCCGGAGGUGACAUCGAAGUGACAGUAACCUCCUGUACAUUACUCAAUCCCGCGGAACAGCCCCUUCCGUUCGUACCUUCCGAUGAGUACAAUUUGCCUGCCGAAGAGUUUAGGCUUCGAUAUCGUUACCUCGACCUGCGGCGGUCCGUUAUAUCAGGCAACCUCCGAAAAAGAAGCCAAGUCGCGCACCUCAUCCGAACUACGCUACACGACCACGGUUUCGUCGAAGUCGAGACGCCUGUCCUACUUAAGUCCACACCCGAGGGUGCACGCGAGUUCCUAGUCCCGACUCGAACGGCCACCUCUACUCCAUCCGUCAAGUCUUCUAUCGGCGCAACACGGCGCGAGUCGUUCACACAGCCCCUCUUCUACGCGCUCCCACAGUCGCCACAGCAGCCCAAGCAGCUGCUGAUCGCUUCUGGCGCCGUCGAUCGCUACUACCAAAUAGCCAGGUGCUUCCGCGAUGAGGAUGGGCGCAAGGAUAGGCAGCCCGAAUUCACCCAGAUAGACUUGGAAAUGGCUUGGGUCUCCUGGGGAGACUACCCCUCCAACAAUAAUUACGGUCAAAAGGAUAGCGACUCAUGGCGCAUUGGUGGUAAAGAAGUAAGGGAGACCAUCGAACAUCUGAUUCGCAAAGUCUGGUCAGCGGUGGAGGGGAUUGAGCUGCCCUCGUCAUUUACAGUAAUGACGUAUGAGGAAGCUAUGGGCCGCUUUGGCAGCGACAAGCCGGAUACGCGCUUUAGCCUUGAGCUUCAGCUUGUCACCGACCGGUUCCCUCAGCCGGUAAGAGACGCGUUAGCCAACGAGGAUCAGAUUUUAGAGACACUGGUCAUACGUUCUACGGACACGCAGUUCAAGAGCGCCGCGGAGAAGGUAGGGUUAUAUGAAGCCGCGAUGAGUGAUGGCGCCUAUAUGGUACGCGUACUGUCUGAUGGAACGCUCAACACCGCGAGCAGAGAUGGAUCAUUCGGCAUUCUCGGCACACCCAGCACCGUAAGGGAUGCACUGGAGCUGAAUCCCGGUGACACAGCCUGGCUCGCAAAGCGGCCUCGCACGGCAGAGGGCGGCUCGACAGCACUCGGCCGUCUUCGUUUGCUGCUCGCCACUCUGGCACAAGCCGCCGGUGAAUUGGUCUUGCCUGCGGCGCCGCAUUUUCUCUGGGUCACGGAAUUCCCCCUAUUCACGCGAGCCGACCCUGACAAAGAGUUCCUUGCGCACGGACGCUGGAGCAGCUCACAUCAUCCAUUUACGGCACCAAUGUGGGAAGACAUCGAGAAAAUGUAUGAUGGUCGGAUUGCCGAGGUGCGUGGCCAGCAUUACGACCUCGUUCUGAAUGGCGUCGAAAUUGGAGGGGGUUCCGUUCGCGUGCAUGACGCAAAGAUGCAAGAACACAUUUUUGGGAAGAUCCUCCAGCUGAGCGAGGAUGAGAAGGCGUCUUUCAGCCAUCUCCUACAUGCGCUGCGCUGUGGGGCUCCGCCUCACGGCGGCAUUGCGUUAGGUUUCGACCGCCUCAUGGCGAUCUUAUGCAAAACAGAGUCAAUCCGAGACGUGAUCGCCUUCCCCAAAACUGGCGCAGGCACUGACUUGUUGUUCAAGAGCCCUGCACCAGUGGAGUCGGAGGAUGUCUUGCGGCAGUAUGGCAUAACUCAGGCUCUUGUCGUAGAUGCAUAAUAUACACAAAGCAGAGAUACAGC